AACAACUGAAAAUGAUUGAUUUUUCUCGUGCGUGUCGGUCGGAAAAGUAGGCGACGACGACGUCGACGACAACACAAACCUUUUGAACAGGCAGGCAGCAGUGAAAAUCUUUCAAUAUCACAGUCGUCUCGCUGGCGAGCGGACGGUGCAGCAGCUCGGAAAAAAAAUUCAAAUUGGAAGUUUUUCUAAAAAUUCUAGUGUAAAUAGUUAAAACAUUUUAACAAAUUAACAGUGCUUUUCCAAAUUUUUCCGCAAAACUUGUGUGUGUCCCGUGUGUGCAAAUUUCGUUUGCAGUGUAUCGUAAAUUCGCGAGUGUUUGCUGGUGUGAGUAAGAGCACCCCCGGAAAUGUAACACACGCAUACUAACGCGAAAAGAAAACUUGCACCUGAAAGUUUCGGCCGUCGUCGUUCGCCUUCGUGUGUCGCCUGCCUCUCUUGCUGUGCAUCGGUUGCAGCAACGUAAGAAAAAAAACAAUACGAAAAAAAACAAAAGGCUAAGGCAACAGCUGAAGUGACGCGCAGCCCCCGGGGCAGCUCAAGUGCAGCCGUAUAACACCCACAUUGGUGCGGGCACCAUGGACUCGCUCAAGUUACCAAAGGCCAGUAGUGCCACAAGCAGUGCCAGUGGCAGCAAUAGCAACCUGUCCGGAUCGACAUCCGCGUCAGCAUCCGCAGCCACAUCGCCCACAUCCUCGAACACAGCGUGUGGCGGCAUGACGACAGCAUCAUCAUCCAAGUCGCCGCCCGGCCUGAGCAACAGCAGCACGCCGAUCACAGUGCGCUUUAAUGCCAACGAUGACUCGCUGGAAGACAUCCUGCAGUCCUUCCACCAGAACAAGCUCAGUCCCAGCGGUGGGGCGAGUGGAGGUGGCGAUGCAUCACCCACGCUUAUGGGCAUGAAGAACAACGGAAUGGGCCUCAAUGCCGCCGGAAUGACGUGCGACUCCCUCUCCAGCAGCCCCUCGCACCAACAGAUGCAAGCGGCACUCUUUAGCAACGAAGAAGUAAAUCUGCGCAAUAACUACAUGCAAGGCGGUGGCUUCUUCAAUCGCAAAAGAUCUGGCAGCAUUGAAGGCGUCUCACCCUCCUCCAGUGGCCCCAAUCUGAUAGCCGCUCUAACCGCAGCCGGCAUCAACAGUGGAGGCGGGGGAUCGGCAGUGGACACCAGCGGUGGAGUGGGCACCUGGAAGCUGAUCAAGGGCAAGGUCACACAAACCCUUGAGGAGAUAAAGUCGUCCAAGCAGCCGUCACACCAUUCAACAGCCGCGAUACCAAUCAUUGUGGCCGACCCACCGUCCAUUGGCUGGAGCCCUACCGAGCCCGACUCGGACACCGAGUGCAUCCCAUCUAUCAGCGAAGAUCUGCCGCUGGACCCGGAUCAUAAGCAGCACCAUCAACAGAACUCCGAUUCGGAUGCGGAGGCCGAGCAGUUGCAGCACGACAGCAGCAGCCUGGGCAGCGGCGACGUUGGUGCUGCCGCAGCCGUACCCGUAGCGGGUGCAGAACGUUCCCGCCUGCGGCGUGGCCUGGCCCACAUCAAGUCCAAGGUGAAGGCAAAGCAUCAGGCUGCAGCCAUGAGCAAGAAGGACAUCAUCCCCACCCCCAUUGCGACGUCCGGCUCGUUGCGCAGCGGCUUUCUGCGCAGGCGCAACGUAGUCGAGGCGGGCAGCGAGCCAUCGACCAGCCAGCAAGCAGCCGAGGCCAAAAAGACUGCCUCGGAAUCGGCCACGGAGAUUCCCAUCGCCAGUGGCAAGGUGAAGAAACGGGGAAUCCUGCUGGCUCGCAAGGAUGUGGAGAUUGAGUCUGGAGUCGAGGUUCUGGAGGAUUUGAUACCCAUUGCGAUCAAAGCAGCGGGUUCGCCAGAGCAGGGGCCUACUGAUGACAGGGAUGGCGGAAGGGAUGGGGCUGAGCCCCGUGCAAGUUUGACCCUACCUUUUGCUGCUCCUGAACCCACAGUGUCCUUUGAUAGGCCGCAAUCAACGUCGCGGCUCAGCUUCUUCUCCAGAGGAAGCUUCAUCAGCGUCAGCGGGUGGCGUAGCCAUCGCGGAACAGUCGCCUCCAUUGCCACACCCAUUGUGCUGGGGGCCUCUCUGGUGGUGCUGAUGAUCCUGCCGAUGCAGGACUUCCUGCGUGGCGUAUUCGCCACCAUACUGUUCAUCGCUCUGAUGGACUCCUGCGGCAAACACCUGCGCCGGCUCUUCGAACACCUUAUGCUCUCCACGCACCCGGAAAGGGUGAUGUUCAGGAUACCCAACUACGAGGACAUGCCCAUUUGCGAGAUCCCCUCUGCGGAGGAGCACAAGACGAUCAAGACCUACUCGGGCUGGAUGAACGAGAUAGACAGCUACGACCCGCAAACCUUCUCCUUCCACUUGACGCGGUCCAUCUAUGUGCGGCUGGAUGGCUGCAUCCUGAAGAUGUCCGGCACCCAAGCGAGGAUACCCAAGCGCAGUAUGUGGAACGAGCAGCCCAUCGAUCGCAAAAAGGUCCUCUUCACCGAUCAUCGCUCCUACGAUCUGAGGGACUGCCGCAUUGAGCUGCUUCCCCUGGGCCUGGCCAAGAAGCGCUACUUCAAUCGCAAGUAUCCCAUCCAGCUGAUCAUCAAGAACCUCUGUGAUUCACACACGCCUCGUCUCUCAACUGAAUCUCUGUCGGAGACAACGCUCAAGCUGGAGUCCAAGGAGGCACGCACAUCACUAACAAUUGCCCCUGACUCGACGCCACCCCACGAGGAUCAGGAUAAACAGGAUUUCGCAGCAACUGUGAUGCAAGCAGACCUGCAGCAACUACGGAAUAAUGUCAAUCCGGACACGGAGCUAAACGACAUCACUGUGCCCUGUGGCGAUGAGGUUCGCCUGCUGCUCUUCACGCGUUGUGACCGGGAGAAGGAGGACUGGUAUCGCCGCUUCCAGGCCGCCAGCAAGGGGCGCGUCCAUGAGCAGGAUCUGCAGGUGCCCAUGGCACGUUUUGUGGAGGACACCGAUCUGCAGAUGGCUGCCGCCAGGCAGGCAGUGCGCAUGGUCAGUGCGAUGGGUGGACUCAAAGUGCGCCCAAAGGAUAAUCUGAGCGAUGAUCGGAGCGUGGGCGAUGUGUCGUUUGCCUCAAAUGCGAUCGACGAUCAGCAGACCCCCGAAGUAGAGUUCGAGGAGAUAACUGUGGAGGAUUUACUUCCCGACACGCCGAAGGAGGAGCCCUUCGAGGGAAUGAUCAUGAACUCCGAUGUGGCUAGGAAUCCUGCGGACUAUGUUCGUUUCAUGACCGUCUACCAGAAAGCUUGCCGUCAAACCCAGAUCCCAGUGACCAAAAGUGCGCGCCUCGAGUAUGGUUCUGAAAAAAAGAAAAAUCGCCGCGCCAAGCGACAGGAAGAUGAGCUAUGGAAGGGCGUUGACCAGUCCCUGUUUCUGGGCCCCUCCGGUAGCAUUGUCUGGGCCAAUGUCCUCCUGGGGCGCUGUCUCUUCAGCAUGCUGCAUGAUGCGUCGCUCCAAGAGAGGAUAAAGGACUUUAUGCAGAAGAAGCUCAACUCCAUUAAGUUGCCCAGCUUCAUGGAGGAGGUGAUCAUAACAAACAUUUAUAUGGGCGACUCGCCCAUGCUGUGCCAUCGGGUAUCCCAGCCUAUGCUGGACGAGCGCGGUGUGUGGGUGGAUGCAGACCUCACCUACGAAGGACUGGCCCAUAUCACAGUGACCACCAAACUCAAUUUGCUGCGAAUCCGCGCCAAGACCAAGGCCUCACCAAUGGGAGCCGAAAGCGGUCCCAGCGCGGCGUCGACAGAUCUACCUCAGGAUCGGCGCAAUCUGGGUGACGAUGACACAAUAGACAGCAGGAGUGCCAUCUACGACAGCGAUGGCGAGAGCACGGGUGGCUCGUCCACCGAAAGUGAAAACACACCGCCGGGCGCCGCCACUGAGAAUGCGGCCGGGACUGAAUUCUUCCAGCACUCGCCGGGGAACGCGCGACGCAUCUUCAAAAUCGUCGACCGCAUAGCCGCCUCAAAUCUGUUCCAAUAUGCCACCGAGCUGCCGUACGUGCAGCGAGCCAUGGAGAACAUGAAUGCCAACAUCACACUGCGCGUAGAUCUCAAGGGUAUGGUGGCCCGUGGGACAAUCAACAUACCGCCCCCGCCCUCCGAUCGGGUGUGGGUGUGCUUCCGGGGGCCACCACGCCUGUGGAUAUCCACCAAGCCCCAAGUGGGCGACAAGUCCGUCGACUGGUCCAUUGUUACCAACGUCAUUGAGAGCAAGCUGUGCGAGGCUGUCAACAAGUUUUUGGUCUACCCGAAUAUGGUGGACUUUACCAUACCCUUCCUGGCCAAACCCAGCUACGAGGACGAGUCGCCAGCAUCGCCCAACUGAAUACCAAAAAGGAGAUUAUCAUUUUUUAUAUCAUCUGAAUUUAACACAAAGUGUGUGCAGAUUUUCCACAUUAUAUCUUAUUUCCGAGAUUAACUUGAAGCUUAGCUUAGAUCCGAGAUCUCUCUGGCACCCACCACGUGUACUUAGCCGUUAAGAGCAGAAAGACGAUGAGCAGCGAAGAUUGAUUCCAAAUGACAAGUUAAAAAACGCUUAAACGCCUAUUUCGAUCACACUCCAGAACAAUCUACAUCCAUAUUAUUCUAAGUAGCUUAGGUUUGUUUAUCUGUACAACUAAUCGUACUAUAACUUACAAUUAUAUCAGACAAGUCAAAGGCUUAUGACUUGCAUUUUAACAGCCGCUCUGUGACGUCAACAAGACAACUAUUCCAAUAGCAUAAUGCAGGCAUAUAAUAACUUCCCAACUAACUUAACUACGUAAAUAAAUAUAUAAAAAUAUAUUGUAUUUCAAUUAGAUUGCUAAGAAUGCGUGUGAAUUUUAUAUAAUAACCGAUUUUAUUUCCGGUGUGUGGUUUCAUUUAUCAUCAAUCAUUAUACAUACAUAUGUACUUAAAGCGUUUUAACUAAAAUAAGCAUACAUAUUACUCGUAAGCAGGAAAGGAACGAAUUCGUACUUCCGUUUGCCAAAUGAGAAACAAAACUAUUUGCAAAAGUUCCCUUGAAAACUGAAAUAUCAUUUACAGACUUAUGUGAAAAGAAUUAAACAAAAUAACUAACUUUAGUAAACACAUGAAUAUAUGUAAAUACAACAUAUGUACUUAUGUAUGUACGUGUAUACCUUUUAAAUAAAUAAACGAAAGGAAA